AUGAAAACAUUCAAGAAAUUCAUUGUAUUGGCAUUGGCUUUGGUAGGGUGUGUGGCCGCUGAAUCAGGCUAUAAUUAUGGUGCCCCCGCUUCCUUUGCUGCCCCCGUUCAAUCGUAUGCUGCUCCUGCUCCCGCACCCGUAGUGGCUGCUUCGGCUCCAGCUCCAGUGAGGACUUAUGUGCCACCAGCACCAGUCCACCAUCACUCUGCUCCAGCCCCAGUGCAACACCAUCAUGUGGCCGCUUCUGCUCCCGUCCAGUCCUUUGCUGCCCCCGUUCAAUCGUAUGCUGCUCCUGCUCCCGCACCCGUUGUGGCAGCUUCGGCUCCAGCUCCAGUAAGGACUUAUGUACCACCCGCACCAGUCGCCCCACAAGUCCAUCAUCACCACGCUCCAGCCCCAGUUCAGCAUCACCAUGUGGCCGCUUCUGCACCAGUUCAAUCGUUUGCUGCUCCCGCUCCCGCUCCUGUUCAAUCUUUUGCUGCUCCGGCCUUCGCCCAUCACCAUGCUGCUGCAUCUGCUCCUGCUCAGUCAUUUGUUGCUCCAGGACCUGCCCCAGCUCCAGCCCCAGUUUUCCACGCCGCUGAGUCUGCUCCAGCCCCAUCAUACCAAGCUGAUUUUGGCUCUGAGGCUGCCGCUUCAGCUUCUGGCUACGAUUACCAGCAACCCGCUGCUAGCCAACAGGGCUACAAGUACAAGACCGUGCGUCGCCGCGUCUUGAAGCACCGUGCUUAA